AUGUUUUUAUGUGCACCUUGCAGAAUUAAUUUAACAUUGGAUGUAUUUGACAAAAAGGAACGCACUGAUGGUUAUCAUAAUCUUGAUUCACUCGUUGUACCACUCGGUGAGUUAGCUGAUGAAUUGCACAUUCACAUCGAACCUGCAUCGGAUAGAACAUCUAUUAUACUCACUUGUAACGAUUCAUAUGUACCCGUUGAUAAUCGAAAUUUAGCCUAUCGAGCGGCUGAAGCUUAUCUUGCGAAUAUUGACAAAUCAUUUCAUAUCCAAAUCGAUCUAUACAAGCGUAUACCAGCUGAAGCAGGAUUAGGUGGUGGAAGUAGUGAUGCAGCUGCUGUUUUACGAGCCUUAAAUGCCUAUUUUAACCAAGCAGUUGACCAAUCAGUACUAACCGUAAUGGCGGCUCGUCUUGGCUCUGACGUACCACUAUUUUUGGCAGAAAAACCAGUCCGUAUGCGCGGUUGUGGUGAUAUUAUCGGAUCACUAGAUUUUGAACUACCUGUAUUCUGGGGUGUCAUUGUGCAUCCAGGAACCCGAGUAUCAACAGCACAUGCAUAUGCUCUUCUUGAUGCUGUGCCAAAUCGACAAUCUGGAACUAGUACUGAACGGCUUCUUUCUCGUCUAAGUGACAAGAAAGACAUGUCAAGUAACAUUAGUGAACUCUUAGCAACGAGUCUGUCUAAUGAUUUUGAAUCUGUUGUAUUUGUUGCUUAUCCUAAUGUUGCCAGGGCAUAUGAAAUGAUUAUAUCUGCAGGUGCUCUACGUGCUCUUUUGUGUGGAAGCGGUUCAGCUAUUUUUGGUCUUGCUCGAGAUCUCCAACAUGCUAAUAAUCGUAAUAUGACCUCGAAACAAACACGAGUAGGCAUGGGUUUCGAUGUUCAUCGUUUUCUUCCUACGCAAAAUGGUCCUUCAAACAAAAUUAUGCUGUGUGGAGUUGAAAUUCCUUCAACAUUUGAUAUUGAAGCUAAUUCAGAUGGAGAUGUAGGACUUCAUGCUCUUGUAGAUGCCUUACUUGGUUCAGUUGCUGCUGGUGAUAUUGGUAUGCAUUUCGCUCCUGACGAUAAACAAUGGACAGGAGCCAAGUCAAGUGUAUUUCUUAAACAUGCUCUGAUGAUAGUACAUGAAAAAGGGGGCGAAUUAAUUAAUAUUGACAUCACGAUUAUUGCUGAAAAGCCUUACAUUUCUCCUUAUCGACAAAUUAUGCGUGAAAAGCUCAGCGAAUUACUAGCUCUUAACAUCGAACGAAUUAGUGUAAAAGCAACAACGACAGAGAAAAUGGGCUUCAUCGGACGGGAAGAAGGCAUUGCUGCUCAAGCUAUUAUUAGUGUUCUUGUUUAA